AUGACGGUCGCACAAGGAUACCACAACCUCAUUCCCACAACCGGCUUGUCGGAGCCGGUCGACACCACGAAACCAUAUGACCCAUCCACACUAUCAUCCAAAACAGUUCUCAUCACCGGAGGAGCCCUCGGCAUCGGUGCCGCCUUCGCCCGGGAAUGGGCCUCCCACGGAGCCAACAUCAUCAUCGGGGACAUCAAUGCCUCGGAUGGCGAGGCCCUGAUUGCCUCACUCCGUACGAGUCACCCCAAUGCCUCUCACCACUUCGUCAACUGUGACGUCACCUCCUGGGAAUCGCAAGUGAACUUCUUCAAGGAAGCCGCGCGCCUCUCUCCAAACGGCGCCAUCGACAUUGUCGUCGCCAACGCAGGCGUCAACCACGUCGGCCAUAACAGCACCUUUGACAAGCCCGUCGCCUCCAAGUCGGACCCCGACGCCCCCAGCGAGCCAUCCACCAAGACCAUCGCCGUCAACAUCACAGGGGUAAGCUACACGACGAACCUCGGCAUGUUCUGGCUUCCCCGCAACGGCAAGCGCGCAAACGACUCGUCCAAGCCGAAGGACCGGUGUCUCCUGCUCAUCGGCUCCAUUGCCGGCGUCGUCCACCUCCCCGGCCAGACGCCGUACUGCAUGUCAAAGCACGCGGUGACGGGACUCUUCCGCGCCAUGCGCGCAACGGCGUACAUGUCGCACGGCGUGCGGCUGAACAUGCUCUGCCCGUACUUCAUCAGCGACAGCAACAUGUUUCCCCGCGCCGGUGAGGCUGCGCUGCUCGGCGGCGGUGCAGGCGGAGCGCGGUUCGGGGACGUGGUCGAUGCUGCCACGAGGCUUGUCGCGGACGAGGGGGUCAUCGGGAGGGCUCUGCUUGUUGGGCCGAAGAUUAAGGAUGAGGAAAACGGGGUUGAGGAUGAGGUCGCGGCAUGGGAUGUUUAUGCGGAGGAUUACAAGGAUUGUGAGGCUUUUGUUUGGAGGUGGGUUAGGCUUAUGAACACGGUUGAGAUGGCCAAGGGGUGGGUUGGUUGGGUGAGGGAUUGUUUUGGGAUCUUGACGAGGAGGUGA